AUGAAGGGGUUAGGAGCUUUACUAGUGCUUGUUCAGCUCCUAAGCUGCAAAGCUGUACCCCUUGGUCCCUUUCAUCCCCUGCAUCCACGGGUCAUUGACUGUGAUGACCCAGAGUCUGAAGAAGCAGCUGCCAUAGCUCUGGACUACAUCAAUACCCAUCAUCUUCAUGGAUACAAGUAUGCACUGAACAGCAUUGAGAAGAUCAAGGUGUUGCCCAGGAGGCCUACUGGAGAGAUAUUUGAGCUUGAACUUGACUUAUUAGAGACUGUAUGCCACAUCGUGAACCCCCUGCCCGCUGAAAAUUGUACCGUAAGGCCAUUGACCGAUUAUGUUGUUGAAGGUGACUGUGAUGUUAAAUUGCUCAAGUUGGAUGGAAGCUUUUCCGUAUUAUCUACCAAAUGUCACUCAGCUCCAGACUCAGCUGAAGAUAUUACUCAAAAAUGCCCCGACUGUCCAAUAUUCGCACUUUUAAAUGACACUCGGGUGAUAACUGCGGUUGACCUUGCACUCGCUCAGUAUAACGGAGGACAGGAUGGUGCCUACUUUAAACUCCUUGAAAUUGGACGUGCUCAAAUUCAGCAUUUCCCAGACAUUGUCACUGUCGAGUUUGCGGUUGUUGCCACUAACUGCUCAGCCAAAGAUGCCCAGGAUCAUGUGGAUGACUGUCAGCUGCUGGCUAAGGACCUAGCUCAAUUUGGCUUCUGCAAUGCAGAAGUUCUCACCAAAAACAACAUCACAGUGUCCUGCACAAUUUAUGAACAUCAGCCUGGAGUGACCCACCGUCACCUGAUUCAGGAUCACUUGGGAGGACAACUUCCCACCGUGGUACAAGGCUUCAAGCAUCAUGACCUCAGGCAUUUCCACCACGGCUCAGUCCAUAUUACAUCAGAGUCCAGCUCCGCAGAAGCUCCUGUUAGUCUAACACAAGCAAUUCCUGUGGUCAAAAGAGAUGUCGGGGCUGUUGUUGAUCCAGCCAUUCCUGCUCCCCCUGUAGGUCCAGGUCCUAAACACCCUGUGUGUCCCGGGAGGAUACGACAUUUCCAAGUGUAG